GGAAGAGAAACUGAGUGAAAGAAGGAGAGGGAGAGAGAGAAAAAGAAGGAGAGAAGGAAAACAUUCCCCACCCAUCUGAUUUCUGGGGCUGGAGUUGAUCGUCACUCUGAGAUUGCGAGUUCUAACUCAGAGAGAUGAGACGUGAAGCCCUGCAUCUGCCUGCACCUUGUUCUUUUGUUUCUUGUUACAGCUGGACUCGCUCCGGAUCAGUGAGGACUAGAAGCAGAUAAAGGGUACACCUCUCCUGUGUGGUGAAGGUUGUGUGAAGGUUCUGUUGAUGAGCUAUAAGUGAUUCAGUGUGAAGGGCUGUGAGAAAACUCAAAGGUUUGUUCUGUAAGUUGGGAAACAUAAAGGAAAAGAAGUAUGCAUGUCUUCACCAGACAGAGCUUUCGCACGUGAAAGUGGAGUGUCCAGUCAUGGGCAUGUGCCACCUGUUCAGGCGAGGAUGGGAAAACUCGAGGACGACCACGAGAGAAUAAUCCUCAACGUCGGUGGCACCAGGCACGAGACAUAUCGCACCACGCUGCGAACACUGCCAGGAACACGCCUCGCCCUGCUCGCCUCCAUUCCCUUAUCCUCACUCAGUGGAUCUGCUUCUGGAUCAGACGCAGAGUCUGCACUGCUGGACCAUCACCACCAUCAUCAUCACCAUCAUCACCAUGAGCAUGAGCAACAGGUGCGGAUUGGUAACGAGUACUUUUUCGAUCGUCACCCAGGCGUGUUUGCGUACGUGUUAAAUUAUUACCGCACGGGGAAGUUGCAUUGUCCCGCGGACGUGUGUGGCCCCCUGUUCGAGGAGGAGCUCGCCUUCUGGGGCAUCGACGAGACGGAUGUGGAGCCGUGCUGCUGGAUGACAUACCGCCAACACAGAGAUGCCGAGGAGGCACUGGAUGUCUUUGACAUGAACGUGAUGGACAGUGGGACAGGGAACGAUGAGGACGAGGAGAACGACGAUAAUGAGGCCAAGCGUGAGGUGGGGAAGAGGACGAGGGUCGGAGAAGCAGAACAUGCCAAAGGAACCAGUCUAAGCCGCUGGAGAAAGUGGCAACCUGUCAUCUGGAACCUUUUUGAGGAUCCUUACUCGUCCCGAGCCGCUCGGUUUGUGGCUUUUGCCUCUUUGUUUUUUAUCAUGGUCUCCAUCACCACCUUCUGCCUGGAGACUCAUGAAGCCUUCAAUACCAUCAUCAACAAGACAGAUGCUUUCAGGAAUGAGAGUGUGCUCGAUUUGGUGCCUCAGUAUGAGAUUGAGACGGAUCCAGCGCUCACAUAUGUGGAAGGCGUCUGCGUUCUCUGGUUCACCUUCGAGUUCCUGGUGCGAGUGACGUUCAGUCCUGAUAAACUGGAGUUUGUCAAAAGUGUGCUGAACAUAAUUGACUUUGUAGCCAUCUUACCCUUUUAUCUGGAAGUGGGACUCAGUGGUUUGUCAUCCAAAGCGGCAAAAGAUGUCCUGGGGUUUCUUCGAGUGGUCCGCUUUGUACGUAUUCUCAGAAUUUUCAAGUUGACUCGUCACUUUGUCGGACUGCGAGUUCUUGGACACACCCUGCGUGCCAGCAUAAACGAGUUCUUCCUCCUCAUCAUCUUCCUCGCCCUUGGUGUCCUUAUCUUUGCCACUAUGAUCUACUACGCAGAGCGGAUCGGCGCUAAUCCUAAUGACCCGACUGCCAGCGACCACACCAUGUUUAAAAACAUUCCCAUCGGAUUUUGGUGGGCCGUGGUCACCAUGACAACGCUGGGCUACGGUGACAUGUACCCUCAGACGUGGUCAGGGAUGCUAGUAGGGGCGUUGUGCGCAUUAGCGGGCGUGUUGACAAUAGCGAUGCCCGUUCCAGUCAUCGUCAAUAACUUCGGCAUGUAUUACUCGCUAGCGAUGGCUAAGCAGAAACUACCAAAAAAGAGGAAAAAGCACAUCCCACAGGUGGUGCAAACUGCAUCUCCAUCCUUCUGCAGGACCAACCUAAGCUCAGCCUCCAACAGCAACCCUGUCGAUCUGCGUUUGGGACACAGCCGGGGGCUGGAGGGACCUCGCUCAGUCUCUGCAGACCUCAGCACAGGAAGUGACAUCACAACAACACCAGAAGAGCGAGUGCCCAUGCAGGAUCGACAUAUUGGAGGAACUUGCUUCCUAUUGGCUGCAAGGGAUUACAGCUGCACUGCUGACUCCACCCUCCGCAAAUCAGCUGUGAAUAAACCUCUGACUGAAAUACAACUGAUAUCAGCUAAAAGCGGAGAUGGUGGUGCCAAUACAGACUCAGACGGAUUCGAUGAUUUGGAUUGGACGGUAUGGAAUAGAAUAACCCUUUGAUUGGACCGCUUGAAUUAGCAUAUCUAUGGGCAAUGUGGAGCAGAACAACUGAUUGGACACAGGAUUGGACAAUCUGGAUUUGGAAAUAAACUCUUUGAUUGGAUGAACUUGAAAAAUUACAAGUCCUCUGAAUGGACAAUUUGGGCCUGGACAAAUAUGUGAUCGGAUGCUGGAUUGGACAAUCCGAAAUUUUGUGUUGAUCUGGAACAUGACUGUGAUGGCAUUCAGGAUUAGGACAUCUGUGAUGGGACAGUAUGGAUUAUCAUUUAUUUUUGAUUGGAUGGCUGGCGUGUCCCUGGAAAUAUGGACUAUCAUAUAUUUUUGAUUAGACAGUAUGGAUUAGCACAGCUCUUAUUUUACAGUAUGAAUUAGCAUAGCCCUAGUUAGAUAGGGUCAAUUAGCACAUAUCUGAUUGCUCUGUUGGGAUUAGCAUCGAUCUGACUGGAAAAUAAGGAUUAGAAUUUAUCUGAUUGAACAGAAGAAGAUUACAAGUGAUCUGAUUAGUCUCUUCUCCUGAAGCAGCUUCACGGUAAACAGUGUAUGUCUACAGAGGAUCGUAAACACAUUACUGCCCCAAGAUACCCCAUUCAGUCUCUUUCCCAAAAGCCCCCCUCUAAUACCCCUAUUGUUGAUGUACUUUCUCCAUUUAUGUCCCUUUAAUUCCCCUGCUGCAUUUAUGCCCCAAUAAACUAUCCCUGUUGCCA